AUGGAUAACAUGACAAGUACUGUAGAAAUUACUCUCAGAAAAUUCAAAUCCUCAGACGUUGAAGCUUUUAUGGAGUGGGCUGGAAACCCGAAUGUUACUCAGUUCUGUCGAUGGGACACUUUUAGUUCAAAGGAUGAUGCUCUGAACUUCUUGAACGGGAUCAUUAAAUCCCAUCCCUGGUACCGAGCCAUUUGCAUUAAUGACUCUCCCAUUGGCUCUAUCUACGUGAUGCCUGGCAAUGCCGGGAAAGAUGAACGCAGAGGAGAGAUCGGAUACGCGAUCAGUGAAAAAUAUUGGGGUUCUGGUAUUGCAACUAAACCUGUGAAGAUGGUGUGCUCAUGUGUGUUCAAGGAGCUGGAUUAUCUAGAUAGAGUGGAGGCCUUGGUUUUUGAUGUCAACACAGCUUCACAAAAGGUUUUGGAGAAAGCAGGUUUCUACAAGGAGGGUACACUAAGGAAAUAUUUCUUUGUUAAGGGGGAGAGUAGAGACAUUGUUGUGUACAGCAUCUUGAAUCCGGACAGAUAUGACGUGGACUGUGGAUUUGUUCAAGCCUGA